AUGAAAACGGAGACGGACAAGGAGCAUUCUAGCUCCGCGAAGGCGUUGGAGAUUGGUUGGGUAAGAAAGAAAGCGAACUCGUGUGCACGAUUUGUACCUGUUUUGUUCGAUACGGUGGACGAGGCAUUGGCCGCCGAUUUCCCUUCGUAUAAAGAAUGGACACCCGUAAACGUAAACCAAAAGCUCCUCCGCGUGAUUGCGAAAGUAUCAAAUCGCAUAUUCGUCGGUCCCGAGCUCUGGUUGAACGAAGACUGGAUUGCGAUAUCCAUUGACUACACCCUGAAGGUCUUCGCGGGCGCUAAUGCUAUCGGGAAAUGGCGGCCGUGGCUGCGUCCUUACGUGCAAUAUUUUAUCAAGGAGGUUCAAAAUACUAACAAGUUCAAGCAACGCGCGGAAGAUUUCAUGGUCCCGAUUAUCAAGGCAAGGAGAGAGGCCAUGGCGAACGGAAAAUAUGAUGGAGAGAGACCGGAUGACUUCUUGCAGUGGUGCUUGGAUCAAGAGGGAAAGACGAUGAAUAGGAAAGUGGAGCGCUAGGUACGUUCUCUUUUAGUAUUGUUAGGUAAAGCUGCGCUGACGUGUAGCGUUAGGCCGAGAUCCAACUUGCGCUCAGCUUGGGCGGCAUCCACACAUCUAGCAUGAUGCUCACGCACUCGAUGUACGACCUCACCGAUCGUCCAGAGCUAGUCAUUCUACCGCGUGAAGAGCUCCAAGGUCUGCUGGACGCCAACAAUGGGAAGUGGAACAAGACCGUGCUCAACGACGCAUGAAAGCUAGAUAGUUUCAUGCGCGAAGUCAUGCGCCUCAACCCAUCUAGUGUCCGUAAGUUUCCCUCCUCGGUAGCCCGUUCGAAGGCUGAUAUCCCGCAGUCGGCGUUCAAUGCCUAGC